GAUUAUCCUGUUCAGAAGUUUACAUCCCACUGGCUCUUAAUGUAUUGUGUUGCCUUCUUGAGCUUCAGUGAAUGUUUGCACCUUAUGUAAUAGUUGUGUACGAGUCCCUCAGGUGUCCUCAGUGUGAAAAGAUGGAUCUCAACAUCAUAUAGCCACUGUCGGAAAGGGGUCAGAUAUACAGAAGAUGCUGGAAAAGCAAAGAAUGUACAAGACCUGGAGGAUUUUUCUGAAAAACAGUGGGCAGUUUAACUGCUCAGGACAAACAAGGGACUCAUGAACAACUAUCACAAAACAUAAAAACAGUUGUGGAUCAUCCAGAUUCUCAGUUUCCUAUUGACAUAUCUGGUGUGGAAAAAGAUCAUGACUUCCUGGAUAAAGAUCUGGUGGAGCCCCUGUGCCGGCGACUUCAAACUCUAAACAAGUGUGCCUCCAUGAAACUGGACGUGGGCUUUCCUAAGAAGAGAGACUGGGUUAUAAAUACACCACCAGUAAAACAUUUGGACACAUCUGUUCAUAGAAGGAAUAGAAGAAUGGAAUCAUGCAUUGCCUAAGGAAAGUAAACAAAUCAAAAUUAUUUUAUAUUUAAACAUUUUAACAAUAUUUCUGACCAAUAAAUGAAGCUUUGCACACUCUUGGCAUCUUCUCAGACAGCUUCAUGAGGAGUUUUACUCAGGAGGCUUUUCUAGGCCAAGCUUCUCACUGCUUCUUUUACGUUCUGAAUGAAAGCUACUGUUUGGGGAAACUAUUUAAUUUGAAAUAAAACUACUUACAUAAAACCACCUAUGUAUAGAUGUAUUUUGAUUCAGAAAUAAAUUUAUACAUGGCUAUUACCUUUAGUAUUUACUAAAAUUUACUAUUUACUGUUUACUGUCUUAUAAACAAAUUCCAAGUGCAAAGCCUUUAUCAAAUGUUCUUUACAACAAUGUAAUAUUUACUCUAUAUGCAAUCUAGUGUGUCAGAACAUUUGACUGGUAGUGUAAUACUGAGGUGUUAUAUAAACAGCAGUGUGAGUUGUGUUGUCAUAUAAUUGCACUAUAAAAUAUCCUUUAUGUGUCUUGAACUAUAUCCGCUUUCCCAUAAAACCCAAAUGCCCCCCAAUUUCAGGAUAUAAAGCACCUCAGUUAUAUUAUAAUAAGGGCAAUUUAAGUGACUGUUUCUAUGGUAAGCUACCCUGAGUAGGAUAAAGCCAUUACAGAAGAUGAAUAAAUGAUUACUAUGACCCUGGCAGAAAGUGAUUACCAUGAAGUCAUGUAUCAUCAGCUUUUUGUGAAGGAUGUUUCAUCUGACAUAAAGGAACUGUUAAUUAUUAUGCACUUCAGUUUAAUACAAUAACAGAUUUUCUCAGGAUCACAUUUGUUGCCACUGUGCUACUCCUAGACUGAUACACCAGGUUCUACUGAAAGCCUUCAUAUAUCUGUGUCUUCCCUAUCCCCUUUCUCAUUUGUCCUUCUUCCAUUGUUGUGAUUUAUGUAGGAUCAGUAAUUAUGACUUUCAUGGUCGUUCUGAAAUACAGACAGGUGACAAAUUGAAGAGAAAAACAUAAAUUGUCAUAGUAAGAUGUGGGGCCAGCAUGAAUCAGCAGAAUGCACUCCAAAGCACCUUGGCACAGAUUCUCUGGACCUGUACUGGAGGGAUGAACACCAUUCUUCCAAAAGAUUCCCUCAGUUGGUGUUUGACGAUGGUGGUGGAAAGCGCUGUGUUACAUGUCAGUCCAAAAUUUCUCAUAGGUUUUCGACUGGGUUGAGAUCUGAUUCAAAGGCCGUGGCAUAUGAUUUACAUAGUUUACUCAUCAAACCUUUCAGUGAGCCCUAAUGCAAAAUGUCCUCCACAAUAUAAUAGGCACUUUUUUUUUAAUUGUCACCUGUCUCUGUUUUCCACACACUUCUUUAAGGCCAUUUUAAUUUAAUUUACUCCCAUGUGGCUAAACACACACAAACUGUCUUGCAGAGUGAGGACUCUGAUGAGGACGACCUGCUGGCCAUCAGCAACAGAUGGACAUUUGAGUGGAGCAGCCGCCGCUGGUCUCGCCUGCAGGACAUCGACCUAAUCCUGGGGGCAAGAGAUCGGCGGAGGACUGUGAGCAGUGAGAGUGUCCUGACUGAUCUGAGCGAACCUGAGAUCUGCUCGCUUCACAGUGAAGACUCACUGUCUGUCAUGCCUGAGUCUGCAUCCCUCAGCCCACUAAGCAUGCCCCAGUACCAAGACCUGCCACGCUACAACACACUUCCCGCAAAGAGUGGCCGACACGGGCGCACACGCGCCAAGGACUUCCUUCGGAGAAUGGAGACCCUGGGCCGCUCAUGGGGGGCAUUGCGGACAUGUCCAGAGCGGCGUUCCAUGACAAUUAGUGGGCCGAUUUUGCAGAGCGAACCAGAAGCUCUAAGAACACUACGCUGCAUCCAGAAUUUUAAUGGAGAGCCAGGUAAUACAGAAAACACACCCACUGCUAGCAACUGCUCAUCCAUUUUCACUAAUACUGAAGAGAUCAGCCAAGCUGAGGCUGGCAAAAGCAUUGAGAGCACACCCAACUUGAAGGAGCAUAUUCCAGAAGCACACAACACCAGCAAGCGUGCAGGCAUGUAUCUGGAGAAUCUGAAUGUCCUUUGUCAUGACACCCAGAGGCGGAAAUCAGUAGAACAGAAUCGCAGGAAUGAAUUUCACUCUUACGAGGAUUUGAUGGUACACAUCCCAAAGGACCACAAGCCCGGAACUUUUCCCAAAGCGCUGUCUAUUGAGAGUUUGACUCCAGCCAAUGGGGAGGGAGGAAAAUGGAGAGUUCAAGAAUCAGAGCAGCAUCAGCAAAUGAGGAACAGGAAAUGGGCAGGGCGAGAGAACCGACCAAUGACACGCUGUUGCCCACGAAGCAGUCGCAUUAGCAUUUAUGACAAUGUACCAGGUUCACACCUGUAUGCUAGCACUGGAGAUCUGGUGGACCUGGAGAAGGAGGAGGACCUGUUCCCACACCUGGAUGACAUCCUGCAGCACGUGAAUGGCCUGCAGCAGAUCGUGGAUCACUGGUCCAAAAACGUGCUGCCUGAGGGAGAAGGUGAGGGUGACAGGGGGCAGGACCAUGCAAUGAUGGAUGCUCAGUCUUCCAGUCAGAUCACGUUGGAUUUUGAAGGGACCUCAGUGAACACACCUAGUGAUGGAGACAGAGAUGGAAUGUCUUUGAAUGAAACGGAUGCUUCAAGCACAAGAGAGAGGCGGGACUCAGGGGUUGGUGCAUCGCUCACACGGCCUCGUCUCAGGUGGCCCAGCUUCAGGAUGUCCAAUCGCCUCAGCCAAUCAGGAACUUCAUUACAGAUCUCCAGCCAAUCAGCAGGCCAGCUCAGCCUGUUGCAGAAGUUCUCACUUCUGCGCCUCACAGCCAUCAUGGAGAAAUAUUCAAUGUCCAACAAGCAUGGCUGGACGUGGUCAGUGCCAAAGUUCAUGAAGCGAAUGAAGGGACCAGACUACAGGGAUAAGGGUGUGUAUGGAGUGCCUCUGAUUGUCCAUGUGCAACGGUAUGGUCAGCCUCUACCUCUCUGCCUGCAGCUAGCGCUGCGCUACCUCCGGAGGCAAUGCCUUGACCAGGUAGGGCUUUUCCGUAAGUCUGGGGUGAAGUCUAGGAUCCAGGCUCUGAGACAGACAUGUGAGAGUUCUCCAGAGAAUGUAGACUAUGAGGAUCAGUGUGCAUACGACGUGGCCGACAUGGUGAAGCAGUUUUUCCGAGACCUUCCUGAGCCCCUCCUCACCAGCAAACUUGGAGAGACCUUCCUCCAUAUAUAUCAGCACGUCCCUAAAGAGCAGCGCUUGCAGGCAGUGCGAGCCGCCAUUAUGCUAAUGGCAGAUGAGAACCGUGAAGUGCUGCAGACCCUACUCUGUUUCCUGAGUGAUGUCACUUCCUCUGUAGAGGAGAACCAGAUGACUCCAAUGAACCUAGCUGUGUGCCUCGCGCCAUCUCUCUUUCAUCUGAACAUUAUUAAGAAUGACAACCUUUCACCAAGGUCAAUCCAGCGGAAGUACGCCACAGGACGCCCUGACCAAAAGGAUCUUAAUGAGAAUUUUGCUGCCACUCAGGGGCUUGCCCACAUGAUCACUGAGUGCAACCGACUCUUUGAGGUCCCUCAGGAGAUGAUUGCUCAGUCAAGGAACUCAUACAUGGAAGCUGAGGUAUUAGCGCCCCCUUUGGACGACCUUUGCAAGCAGCUACAGCCGCAUGUGGAAGAAGAAGAAGAGGAGGAGGAGGAGGAUGAGGAAGGUUCCUAUUGUUGCCACAUGGAGGGAUUGAUCCAAAGCUUGCUAAAAGAGGCCAGAGAUAAGGCCAAGUGCUGGGUGAGCCAACCCACUAUUGACAAUGUGGAGCUUGCAUUCAGAAAGGUAGGUGACGGAACUCCACUGCGGCGGUGGCGCAUCUCGGUCGAAGUGGAGGCUCCACCGUCUAUGCUGCUGAACCGGGUUCUGCGAGAGCGCCACCUGUGGGACAGUGAUCUCCUACAGUGGAAAGUCCUGGAAACACUGGACAAGCAGACUGAAGUGUAUCAAUAUGCUCUCAACAGCAUGGCCCCUCACCCCAGCAGAGACUUUGUGGUACUCAGGAUGUGGCAGACAGACCUACCAAAGGGUGUGUGUGCAUUAGUGACAGUUUCUAUUGACCACGAGGACAGUGCACCUAUGGGAGGGGUUCGGGGCAUCGUUUUGGAGUCACACUACCUACUUGAGCCCUGUGGGUCUGGAAAGUCGAGACUCACACACAUCUGCAGAGUGGACCUCAAGGGGAAGUCUCCUGAGUGGUAUAACAAAGCCUUUGGCCAUAUAUGUGCUGCCCAGGCAGCUCGCAUUCGCAGCUCCUUCCAACCUCUGGACACUGAAGGCCCCGAGACCAAGAUCUGAGACUGGCUAUGCAGUACAGCCUGGAAUCCAUGGUUUGAACCAGGAUCAGUGUUACAAACAGGGUUGAUAUUAUGGUUUGUACUAGGAUCACAUUUAGGACCAAGGUUUGGUCUAGGACCAGGGUCAGAAACAGGGUUAGGAUCAGGUUUUAAAUCAGGGUUUGGACCAUGUGGCAAACUUUGUAUGCUGAAACUAAUGAAGUAAUAUUCAGAGAAAGGUCAGAAAGUAGUAAAGUGAUCAUUUGAAUGAGAAUGUAAAGGUGGAUCUCUAGUAAGUGUUAAUGCUGGAAAUACAAGCAUGAUGAAACAUUUUCAUAGAUAUAAUGAAAAUGCCUCAAGAGGUAUUCACGUGAAACACUAAUGCUUAGUUGGCUAUAACCCCUGUGAAGGUAUUUAAUCAUCCAUCUUAUUUGAAAUAUAUAGAACUAGUGCUAGUCAAGACAACUGGACUUGUGGUCUAAUCAAAAGAUUAACUUUUUAGUCUAAAGGCAUUUCACCAUGGAGUUGAGUCUUUUUGACAUACUGCUGUGGGAAGUGUUUAACUCAUAUCUGAUGGCAGUUAUUAACUGGACAAUAUUUCCACAGGCAUAAGGUUGAAGGAGGGCACUUAUUUUUGAAUAGUCAAAACUGCCAGCUUCAGAGUUUUUUUUUGUUGAACGUGGAGUGGAAAUGGGAAAGAAAGGCCAGAAAGAAAGUGAUACGAGGCUCUGCAGCAUCUCAGCUUAGCUUAUAGAUUCAGACAUUGUGAAAAGAUCUUCACAUCCUGGAUUUAACUCCUGCAGAUAUCUGUCUGUUGAGCAUAGUACUGUACUAAUACCUAUAGAUUAGAUUAUGCUUAAGCAUGCAAUGCUGCGUUUACCAUCACAUCAAACCAAUCCUAGGAAUAAAUAAGGGAGAUUAAUAAGGGAGAUUCAUUAAAUGCUUGGUGUAGCACUAAAAUAUCACUUAUGCCGUUGCAUUUCCCACUGAAACAGUAGGUAGAUCAUUUUAAAUGAUUUUCAGAGAUUAUGUAUAUUAAUUGUGGAACGGUGGGAAGAAAAUCCCAAUCGUGAUUUGUGUCUUAACGUCAUCGGUUUCUUUUAAAAAGGCCACUAAGUUUAAAAUAAAUCUAGCAUAACACUUUUUGGUGGCAUCAGCAUCUGUACCAGUAUAUCAUAAUGUAAGUAGUAUAACUAUUUCAGAUUUCUUUAUCCCAAUAUACUAGUACUCUGUGGUUCAUUUUACCCCAGAGAGCCUCUUUAAAUUCUCAAAGAAUUUAAAGAAAACUAGUUGGGACAGAUAUUGAAUACAGCUUCAUAAAGCCAGCUGUGAAUUAUUAUUAUUAUUAUUAUUAUUAUUAUUAUUAUUAUUAUUAUUAUUAUUAUUGGUGUUGUUAUUAUUAUUAUUAUUAUUAUUAUUAUUAUUAUUAUUUUGCUUCCAUGCUAUACAAUGUCUAGGACAUUAAUCCAUUUCACUGCUUCUGAGAAGCAUGUCUGUAUUCAUUUUUAAAUACUGUAUAGAUAGAACCAAUUGUGUCAUUGUAUAUAUUUGCAUGUGUAUGUGAAGAAGUGCACAUAUACCUAUUUUACAGUAUAUUUUGUACAUAAGUGAUGCUAAUAGGCAGAUUUACCUGCUUCCUUUGCUUAUAGUUUUUUUUUUUCUCGUGUCAUAUUGAUAUGUUGAAAAUAAUGCAAUACCAAAAUCUAUACGCUGUUGGCUGCCUCUCGAGUGGGGUGUGAGUGUGUGUGAGUGUGUGUAUGAGAUGGACGUGAGCUAUGUGGUAGUGUACGGCACCAGUGUCAGGCUCCAAAAGUAGUUUCCAAAGCUGCAGAAAGAAGAAUGGCGUCAUGAAUACUAACUGAGAGGCUACAUACAGCCGGUCGAAAGGCUAUAUACUGUGCCAAGCUGACCUGGGCCAUGUGAAAACCACCAGAAAGCAAGUCUACAUUCCUAUAUGCUUCACACACUUCACACCUUCAACCAAAUUAAUGCAAAUUUUUGUUUGCUAUCUAAAUCUUAUAAAUAAGUGUUAGUUUUGUCUUUGCUGCUUCCAGGGAUGCAAAUAUGAAUUAAGGAAAUGCCGCCAUCUCAUUAUGAUGAUCAGGUAACCAAAUGCAUUACAAGAAGCUUGUCCAUUUGAUUAUCUGGUUCAACGCUAAAUGUGAAUACAUCUGACCUCCAAGGCUAAAUAACUUUUAAAAGCUUUCCUAACAGGCAGCUAACAACAGGAUGGUGGUAUUUCCCCUAUUCAGAUAGUUAUUACCCUUCAAAGCAGAACAAAUAUGGCUAAUAUGCACAUGCAUUAUAUAGUGAAUAUUAAUUUUCCUAUUUUUUACAACGGCAGACCAGAAGCUUUCUGACUGUUUAAAUGGCCCAAGAUGAUUAGCUGUGCCCUUCAGGCUGUGGUAUGCAACCUUACAGUGAUAUUCACAGCAUGUUUCUCCUUUCUGCAUGUAGUGUGUGUGUGUGUGUGUGUGUGUGUGUGUGUGUGUGUGUGUGUGUGUGUGUGUGUGUGUGUGUUGCACCAUCUAUUUGUAAUGAAUAAAAUGAAAACCUCUGAACACA